UUGCAGAUGAGGUCGGAUCUUAACUGACACAUGUGGCACUGUCACUGAGAACUAUGGCACGUAUUCUCGCUGCCACAUUCAUCAUCAACUGUCUGAUAGGCCUACACCCUGCUUACACUUCUGGUGUAUGUGAGCCGCCUUGUGGUGCAAACGGAAGAUGCAGUGUAGCCACUGGGAAGUGUGAGUGUUACCUGGGAUACACCGGUGACACUUGCAGUGAAGAAACACUGCCCUGUAAUGGAGGCUGUGAACCGGUUUGUAAUGACACCGGUGAUGGAUGUUUUUGCUCCUGUCCCGACGGUUUUGAU